AUGAAUCAUCAAGAGAUUGGCCCUCCAGUCACGGCUGGUCCAGGCUCACGGCCGUCCCGGGUCACUUUGACAGGGACAACCGUGGUGCUUGAACCACUGUUGCCAUCCCACGCCAGUCAUCUCUACGACAUGGUCAAGGGCGAGAACAAUAACCGUCUCUGGACAUAUCUGUUCGACGACCCCUACGAGUCACUGGCGGCCUUUGAAGCUGCCGUGACGGCAAAGUCUCAAUCGGAGGAUCCCCUGUUCUUCGCCGUCGUGGACCAGCGAACCGCCAAACCCAUUGGUUGGGUAAGCCUCAUGCGCAUCGACACCCGACACCGCGUCGUCGAAGUCGGCAACAUCCUCUUCUCGCCGCGGUUGCAGCGGACAAGGGCCGCCACGGAAGCCGUGUAUCUCCUGGCCAGGUAUGUCUUUGAGACGCUGCACUAUCGCCGAUACGAGUGGAAAUGCGACAACCUCAACACGCCGUCAAAAAGAGCGGCGGUGCGCUUUGGGUUCACCUUCGAGGGCGUCUUUAGAAAACACAUGGUGUAUAAAGAGAGAUCUCGAGACACGUGUUGGUUCUCCAUGAUUGAGGAUGACUGGUUUCAGCGAGGUGUCAAGCAAGGAUUUGAGGGGUGGUUGGAUGACGGCAAUUUCGAUGACAGUGGCAAGCAGAGGAGGAGACUGGAGGAUGUUCGAGGGGAGUUGGAGGGCCAGAAGGGUCCUGUUUGUUGUACGGGAGUUUGA